AGAAGUUUCAACACGCAAUGGGCAGGGGGAAAACCGUUGUCCUCAUUACUGCUGUCAUGGUAGGAGACGGAGAAACAAACAAGAAAUUGGGACCGAAGUGAGCAAGUUUUAAGAAGAGUCCAGACAAGAAUUAAAGCUCCUUCCCCUCGUAUAAUGUGAAGAUGCAAUAUGGAUGAACUGCCCUGAAGCAGAUAAAAAUUGAGAAAGAGGAAUCUGAAGCUGUUUAAGUGAGAGAACAUUCUUACCACAGACAUAUCCAAUCAUGUCUGCCUCAAUAAAGCAAGAGAGAACGAUUUGUGUCCUCCUCCCCAACAAAGAACAGCUGGACAUCAGUGUUGGACUAAGGUCCACAGGCCAGGAUGUGUUCAAUCGUGUGGCCGAGCUUCUUGGAAUCAAAGAACUGUACUUCUUUGGCCUCACAGUGGUGAAAGACAAUGAACACAUAUAUAUUGACAUGGAGGAGAAACUCACCAAGUAUUUUCCAAAGGAAUGGAAGCAAGAUUCAGGAAAGGGAUUACAGAGGAGACCUUUGCCUCUGGUUCUCUGCCUCAAAGUGCAGUAUUAUGUUGAGAAUGGCAGACUCAUCUGUGAACGUAAGGCACGGCAUCUAUACUACUCAGAUUUGCGUGAGCGAGUACUGCGCUCUGAAUGUCGUCAGCAGGAGGAGGUAUAUUUCCAGCUGGCAGGGUACGCCUUGCAGGCUGACCUCGGUGACCACCCACCACCUAGCAAGGAUAUGGAGACCACUCCUUACUUUGAACCGAAGAACUACUUUCCACCGUGGAUUUUAGCCAAGAGAGGCACAGAUUAUCUCCUUUGCCAUGGACCCAAAGUUCAUCAGGAGCUGUGGGGCAUGUCGACUCGUGAUGCCAUCCUGCUCUUCAUCAGGGAGUCAUGUCGACUGGAGGAUGUACCCGUCACAUUUUACAGACUACAAAAGGACAAAAAGGAAGAGAGAGGAACGGCAUUGCUUGGUCUGACCCUGCGAGGAAUGCAGGUUUAUCAGGAGGUUAACAACAUGCGACAGCUGCUGUACGACUUCCCCUGGUCAAAUGUGGGACGUCUCACCUUCCUGGGUAAGAAAUUUGAGAUCCAACCAGAUGGUUUGCCAUCAGCGAGGAAGCUCGUUUAUUACACUGGAUCAUCGUUCCGCUCGCGCCACCUUCUUUUGCACCUGAGCAGCAGCCAUCGCCUCUACCUCAGCCUCCAACCUGCACUCAAACACCUCCGGCAGCUGGAGGAGAGCGAAGAAAAAAAGCGGUACAGGGAGUCCUACAUCAGUGAUGACCUGGACUUGGACCCCCCUGGCAGUGAGAGCAGUCCCGGUCUCUCCCGACGCUCCACCAGCAGCUCUGGAAUCGAAGCCGACGCCCGCCAACACAGCAUCUCUGCAGAGAUGGCCUCCAUGGAUGAAGAAGGUCAAAUGCAAGCGGAGAACUGUUUCAGCUCCGCAGCCAGCCACGGCAGCUCCUGUACCUCUGGGAUUGAAGCCGGAAGCAAGGCUCAAAUAGAAGAUGAGUGGCAAGAGGAAGAUAUCAAGUCCGACAUCAGAAGUCCAGACGAAGUCCUUGUGGAUGAUCCCAAUGAGAUGUUCCAGUUGGCUGAUCUCCUUGAAGGCGUGUCAGUAGAUUGUGCAGAACUGUCAUCACAGACUCACACAUCAGGUGCGAAGAACAAAGUGAGCCACCCAGAUGGUGACAAAGAGCAAGAGCAGUUGCGUAAUAAGGAUGUGUUAAAACAGGUGCCUAAAUCCAGGGCACAAGUUAACGUGGAUCGACACAGCCAAAGUCUCAAUGACGUACGUCUGCUCCCGCCUCUAGCAUCCCUGGGAUCAGCGCUGCCACCUGAUUCAUCCCACAGCUACACCUUCGGGCUCCCAGACAAAACCCCCGUGGAUCACAGUUAUUACCCAGUUUUGCACUGCCAAGACAAACCCUCCUUCUAUGGCCGCAGGUCUACCAAUUGUCUCUCCCUGGACUUGUUAGGAGAUGAUCAGCUGUUGGAAUUCAUACUUUGAACGUGUUAAGUGCUGAGUUCCACAAAUGCGCCCAUUUUCUUCCUUCAUUUUGCUCAAAUUGAAGGUUGCCAACAAAUUGUGUGUUAUGAAUGCUGAUAAUGACGAGGGAUCUGUGUGCAUCAGUUUGCAGAGAGACAUUAUUCACAAUGCCGAUAACAUUUUAGCCUUUUCUUAAACAAAAAAAAAACAACAACCUGGGUUUGGGAUAGCAGCAGCUUAAUCCAGUAUAUUUCAAUCCAUAAACAGAACCUAUUUAUUGAUGUAACUGUAUAUUGUGUACAUACCUCUUGCACUAUUUUAUUACAUCUUAACUUCUCUGGAAAACAUUUCUAAUCGAUUUUAUUUUAUUCUGAUGGUAAGAAUCUCACUGAAUGUUAUAUUGAGGGUGUGUGUGUUGAGGGCAUAUAAUUUGCUGUUGCAGAUUGGUCAUGAGUCAUGCGUCGUUGAGAUAGUUUUCAUUUAACUUGUAAACUCUAAAAAAUGAACUCGAGAUACCUGGUGCUAUUUUUAAUGCACCUAUAUUUUUUGUCUGUCUUUUUUAUCAUGUUACUACUAUACACACUAUAUAUGUACAGUUUACUCUGUUAUGUUUUUCCUAUUAGUCUGCCACAGCCAUGUAGCAGCUCAUGUGGAAAAUUGAGCCUUUACAGCUGGUAAUGCAUUCAUCCAAAGCUUCCCAAUUUCUACACACUCCUCCCCUUUCAUUAUUGCAACAGAAAAGUAUUAACUUGUUAAGCACUACUUCUGUAACCAAGUGUAUAAUGAAUCUGCAGUAUACUUGUAUUAUGUAACCUCCAAACAAAGAGCCUUUCUGUUUUUUUUAGACUUUGUUUUGUGAGUAAAUGGUAUGCAACAAAACUGAUAUAUUUAGCCAUGUGAACUCACUGAGAAAGAAUGUCGGCCAUUCAACACUUAUACUUAAGCCAAUAAUGUAUAAACAGCAGACAGUGUUAAUGCAGAAUACUGGAUAAUACAUUUCUUUUUAUCUAAAGCACUGUUUUUUUUUAUAAUAGAGAAAAUAAAAAAAAAAAAAAACAUUUUUGGUGCCAUGUUCUUCUAUGUUUUUUGGUUUUUGGCUUCCAAAACUGAAAUCCCACUCAUACAACAUCUGGCAAAUUGAUAGAAUCACUACUCUUGGAGGAUGUUCAUUCAAUUGUUUAAUUUUGUAAAAAAAAAAAAAAAAUGACAGGCAUGCCCCAAAACUCUUUUUAGUGCUAAUCUCAGGAUUUAAGAAACAUUAAAAAAGGAAAAUUGUAGUAAAUUACAAUUACUCUUUUAGAGCAAGCAGAGGUAAAAAAACAAAACAAAAUUAUAGAAUCACUCUAUGUGGAAAAUAUGGAAUCAUGAAGAAAAUACUACACCCUAAGAAUACUGUUGUUCCUCCUCUGGCUUUUAUAAGAGCUUUACUUCUCUGAUGUAUGGAUUUAACUAUUGACAAACAGUAUUCUUCUAUCAUUUACUCAAAAUGUUAUCACUGCCAUCUCCCCCAUACCUUUACCUGACAUGAAGCCAUGAGUUCACCAUCAGUUAUUGUGGAAAUAUGCAUGUUUCCACCUUCAUAAUUUCACUGGAAUGACACCAAACAAAAGUUCCAGCAUCAUCACUUUGUUCAAUGCAGAUCCAUGAUUUAUCACGGAAUAUCACUUCUACCCAGUCAUUCACAGGUCAAGACUGCUUUUCCCAAUGGAACCUUGUUUUUUUUCUGUGUUCAGGUGUUAAUGAUCGCUUUUCAAGUUUGGCACUUGAAAUAAAAGUAGUUUUGUGGCAA